GAAAAGAAGACGUCAUGCAGCCCUCUAACGUCUGUUGGUCCUUGACGAUAUGGAUGGUCCAGCUGGCCUUGAUGUUUCUCACUAUUCAAGGUGGGGUCAUAUCUGUAUAGAAUCAGAAUCCUAUUUCUUGGCAUGUCUCUGUCUACAGACGGUGGUUUGAAGCUUACACUACUACAGUUUAUGGGUUGAAUUGACGGUGUUGUCUCCUGUAUUUGUUCACCUUGGUCAUUAACAUUAACUCAGUUUUGUCUCCACCUCUUUCAGCUCAAAGCUGCACCAAACCCAUAGGAGGGCCAAACAUGGUUUUGUCAGAUGCCUUCAUCAUUCAAGAGACAUUUGAAGACGGAGCAAAAGUCACUUUUGACUGUGCAAUUGGAUAUGUCCGUGCAGGAGGGUCUCGAUCAGUCACCUGUACUGCUGGCGUGUGGAGUGAAGUGAAACUGAUAUGCGAAAGUAAUAUAAUUGUCUUUGUUUUUGUUCAGAAAAGUUAUGCCAUAUUCUUGUAAAUGUUUCCAGUUUUUAGUUACCCACUCGCAACUUGAUAUAUUCAUUGCCCAUCCAUAGAUCUUCUUGAAAUACUAGCCUGGAAUUCGGACCUGUUUUGUGCUAACAUUCAACUCUUUGCCACUCUGUCAUUUUGAAAGUCUGACUGGUUUUCUCUGUGGUUGUUUCAGGGAAGUCGUGUGGCUCCCCAGGAGAAGUGAUGAAUGGCGAUUUUGAUCUCUCUGAGGGGAUCUUGUUUGGCGACAAGGUUGUUGCUACCUGUAACACUGGGUCAGUGCAAGGCUAUUUGCUUCCCCCCCCCCGAAUUCUUUCUUGAGUGUUAGAUGUGAUUUCUUAGAGUUAACAUGGCAACUGUCAUGUUUCACAAAGCUGUCCAUUUGUAGGCCUAAUUUUGUGAUUUCCAAAUAGGCCUUACUCAAACUUCCCUAAAAGUUAAACAAAAUGUUUUUUUAUUUUUAUGUUUGGCAUAUUAUCUGUCAUUACUAUUUUGAUCAGAGCUCUCUUGUAACCCUUGUUGUCCUAAAAGCAAAGCUCCAAAAACUGUCUAAUCUUUCUAUUUUUCAGCUAUAUGCUUGUGGGCAGUGGUGUAAGGACCUGUAUGGACGGAGGCUGGGAUGGCAGAGUUCCUUUAUGUGAAGGUUAGUCAUCUGAAGGAGCAUGUCAAGUGAAAAUAACAAUAACUUUAACAGUUCUGUGCUUGUGCCUAAAUCAAAACUCUUCAUAACUGAUCAUAACUGCGGUUGUGCUCUAAUCUGCAGUGGUGAAGUGUGGAAAGCCCCCCACCAUUGUCAACGGUGGGCCUGUUGUCCCACCUGAAGAGACGUAUAACUAUGGAAGUGUAGUGCAAUAUGGCUGUGAGAAGGAUUACACUCUGGUUGGAACUAAAUCCAUAAUCUGCUCUGAGAAUGGAGAAUUCCAGCCAGCUCCACCUGAGUGUAAAAGUACGUUGAAAGCUUGCCUUUUUUCCCAUUCUAAGUAUGGUUGUUAACAAAAUAUAGAACUGCUCACAUGAACUGCUUACACCAGGGGUGUCAAACUCAUUCCAUGGAGGGCCUAGUGUCUGAUGGUUUUUGGUUUUUCCUUUCAAUUAAGACCUAGACAACCAGGUGAGAGGAGUUCCUUACUAAUUAGUGAUCUUAAUUCAUCAAUCAAGUACAAUGGAGGAGUGAAAACCCGCAGACACACGGCCCUCCAUGGAAUGAGUUUGAAACAUGUGGCUUACACUGAUCAAAUCUAUAUGGGCUCCACUUUUUUCCUCCACCACACAAUAGUGAGCAUGUUCCAGAUGACCUCCUCUGAAAGAAAUGUGUAAAUAUCACAGUAUCUAGCCUAAUAAAAUGGAACAUAAGCACAGAUGUGCAUGAAACAGGCUAAGCAAGCAGUCUAAAACAUGGAUAAUGUGUAGGCCUAUUCUGAAAACCAUGAUGCAACAUUAAGCUCAGAGGAAGUGGUUUACAAUAGAAUCUACCCUAUUUAUUUGUUAGAUAAUGAUUAGUUGCAGGAUUCAUAAAUGGGUGAACUAUAACAACAUUGUUUAUUGCUUCAAGUAGUCUAAAACCAAUAAAUAAUAUACUUGGGUCACAUUGUUCACCUCAAAACAGUAGCUAAUGACAUCUCUCUUUGUUUAUGUCUGCAGUGGUCUCAUGUCCUCGUCCUGUUGUUGACAAUGGCGUUCGGAUUGAAGGUCGUCCCCCCUAUGCGUACAAGUCUUUUGUGACAUAUAAGUGCAACGCUGGAUAUGAGAUGGAUGGACAGCCAGUCUGACCUGUGAAAUAGAAGGCUGGUCAGCUCCUUUCCUACAUGCAAAGGUAAGACUGAUUUCAGUUUUGUUAUUUAACACACUUUGGCCUAUAUUUUAGCUCAGAUAUUUUGUGUAUCAUUUGGUGUGUAGGAACAGAGGACCAAUGUGUCAGCAAACUGUAUUUUUUAAUGGAAUUGACCUCAACUCGUAUAAACACAUUGAGGCUUUUUUGAUAAGAAAAUAUGGUAUGUGUGUUAAUGUUCAUGCUAAUUGAUAUUUUUCACCAUAUGCAUGCCUGUGCAUAGCAACCUCAAGUAUUUAUUUUCCCUUUUUUACACUUUAUGAGUGCUGACUAAAGCAUUUGAGGGAUCAGAAUCCUAUUUCUUUGCAUCUCUGUCUACAGACGGUGGUUUGAAGCUUACACUACUACAGUUUAUGGGUUGAAUUGACGGUGUUGUCUCCUGUAUUUGUUCACCUUGGUCAUUAACAUUCACUCCAUUUUGUUAAUGUCUAGUCUAAAACAUGUAUAAUAUGUAGGCCUAUUCUAAAAACCAUGAUGCAACAUUAAGCUCAGAGGAAGUGGUUUACAAUAGAAUCUACCCUAUUUAUUUGUUAGAUAAUGAUUAGUUGCAGGAUUCAUAAAUGGGUGACUAUAACAACAUUGUUUAUUGCUUCAAGUAGUCUAAAACCAAUAAAUAAUAUACUUGGGUCACAUUGUUCACCUCAAAACAGUAGCUAAUGACAUCUCUCUUUGUUUAUGUCUGCAGUGGUCUCAUGUCCUCGUCCUGUUAUUGAGAAUGCCUUUCGGAUUGAAGGCCGUCCCCCCUAUACGUACAAGUCUUUUGUGACAUAUAAGUGCAACGCUGGAUAUGAGAUGGAGGGACAAGCCAGUCUGACCUGUGAAAUAGAAGGCUGGUCAGCUCCUUUCCCUACAUGCAAAGGUAAGACUGAUUUCAGUGUUUGUUAUUUAACACACUUUGGCCUAUAUUUUAGCUCAGAUAUUUUGUGUAUCAUUUGGUGUGUAGGAACAGAGGACCAAUGUGUCAGCAAACUGUAUUUUUUAAUGGAAUUGACCUCAACUCGUAUAAACACAUUGAGGCUUUUUUGAUAAGAAAAUAUGGUAUGUGUGUUAAUGUUCAUGCUAAUUGAUAUUUUUCACCAUAUGCAUGCCUGUGCAUAGCAACCUCAAGUAUUUAUUUUCCCUUUUUACACUUUAUGAGUGAUUGACUAGCUAUCUGGUCCAACACCAUUCUACUCCUCAGACCACACUGGCUGACUAAAGCAUUUGAGGGAUCAGAAUCCUAUUUCUUUGCAUCUCUGUCUACAGACGGUGGUUUGAAGCUUACACUACUACAGUUUAUGGGUUGAAUUGACGGUGUUGUCUCCUGUAUUUGUUCACCUUGGUCAUUAACAUUAACUCCAUUUUGUGUCCAUCUCUUUCAGCUCAAAACUGCACCAAACCCAUAGGAGGGCCAAACAUGGUUUUGUCAGAUGCCUUCAUCCUUCAAGAGACAUUUGUAGACGGAGCAACAGUCAAUUUUCAUUGUGCAAUUGGAUAUGUCCGUGCAGGAGGGUCUCGUACAGUCACCUGUACUGCUGGCGUGUGGAGUGAAGUGAAACUGAUAUGCGAAAGUAAUAUAAUUGUUUUUGUUCUUUAAAGUUAUGCCAUAUUCUUGUAAAUGUUUCCAGUUUUUAGUUACCCACUCGCAACUUGAUAUAUUCAUUGCCCAUCCAUAGAUCUUCUUGAAAUACUAGCCUGGAAUUCGGACCUGUUUUGUGCUAACAUUCAACUCUUUGCCACUGUCAUUUUGAAAGUCUGACUGGUUUUCUCUAUGGUUGUUUCAGGGAAGUCGUGUGGCUCCCCAGGAGAAGUGAUGAAUGGCGAUUUUGAUCUCUCUGAGGGGAUCGAGUUUGGCGACAAGGUUGUUGCUACCUGUAACACUGGGUCAGUGCAAGGCUAUUUGCUUCCCCCCCCCCCGAAUUCUUUCUUGAGUGUUAGAUGUGAUUUCUUAGAGUUAACAUGGCAACUGUCAUGUUUCACAAAGCUGUCCAUUUGUAGGCCUAAUUUUGUGAUUUCCAAAUAGGCCUUACUCAAACUUCCCUAAAAGUUAAACAAAAUGUUUUUUUUUAAAUGUUUGGCAUAUUAUCUGUCGUUACUAUUUUGAUCAGAGCUCUCUGUUGUAACCCUUGUUGUCCUAAAAGCAAAGCUCCAAAUACUGUCUCAUAUUGUCUAAUCUUUCUAUUUUUCAGCUAUAUGCUUGUGGGCAGCGGUGUAAGGACCUGUAUGGACAGAGGCUGGGAUGGCAGAGUUCCUGUAUGUGAAGGUUAGUAAUCUGAAGGAGCAUGUCAAGUGAAAAUAACAAUAACUUUAACAGUUCUGUGCUUGUGCCUAAAUCAAAACUCUUCAUAACUGAUCAUAACUGCGGUUGUGCUCUAAUCUGCAGUGGUGAAGUGUGGAAAGCCCCCCACCAUUGUCAACGGUGGGCCUGUUGUCCCACCUGAAGAGACGUAUAACUAUGGAAGUGUAGUGCAAUAUGGCUGUGAGAAGGAUUACACUCUGGUUGGAACUAAAUUCAUAACCUGCUUGGAGAAUGGAGAAUUCCAGCCAGCUCCACCUGAGUGUAAAAGUACGUUGAAAGCUUGCCUUUUUUCCAAUUCUAAGUAUGGUUGUUAACAAAAUAUAGAACUGCUCACAUGAACUGCUUACACCAGGGGUGUCAAACUCAUUCCAUGGAGGGCCUAGUGUCUGAUGGUUUUUGGUUUUUCCUUUCAAUUAAGACCUAGACAACCAGGUGAGAGGAGUUCCUUACUAAUUAGUGAUCUUAAUUCAUCAAUCAAGUACAAUGGAGGAGUGAAAACCCGCAGACACACGGCCCUCCAUGGAAUGAGUUUGAAACAUGUGCCUUACACUGAUCAAAUCUAUAUGGGCUCCACUUUUUUCCUCCACCACACAAUCGUGAGCAUGUUCCAGAUGACCUCUGAAAGAAAUGUGUAAAUAUCACAGUAUCUAGCCUAAUAAAAUGGAACAUAAGCACAGAUGUGCAUGAAACAGGCUAAGCAAGCAGUCUAAAACAUGGAUAAUGUGUAGGCCUAUUCUGAAAACCAUGAUGCAACAUUAAGCUCAGAGGAAGUGGUUUACAAUAGAAUCUACCCUAUUUAUUUGUUAGAAAAUGAUUAGUUGCAGGAUUCAUAAAUGGGUGACUAUAACAACAUUGUUUAUUGCUUCAAGUAGUCUAAAACCAAUAAAUAAUAUACUUGGGUCACAUUGUUCACCUCAAAACAGUAGCUAAUGACAUCUCUCUUUGUUUACGUCUGCAGUGGUCUCAUGUCCUCCUCCUGUUGUUGACAAUGGCGUUCGGAUUGAAGGCCGUCCCCCCUAUACGUACGAGUCUUUUGUGACAUAUAAGUGCAACGCUGGAUAUGAGAUGGAGGGACAAGCCAGUCUGACCUGUGAAAUAGAAGGCUGGUCAGCUCCUUUCCCUACAUGCAAA